UGGUUCUGUUCUGAUAAGGAGCAACAGAGAAAAAAUCAAUGCGACUAGUGUAGUCUCUCAUAUCAGUUUAUGUGUUGAAUUGAAAACCACUUGUUGUAUUAUCAGUAUGAAAAUUCACACUCUUGUUUAGAGUUAGGUAGUGUUUCAAAAAUGGCUAGUCUAGCGAGUUGUAGAAGUGCGUUAAGGCAUCUGAGGAAGCUGCAUAGAUUGGAUAAAGUGAUCAGAAACACAGGUCAACGUGGAUUAGCAACAAAUGGAGAGUUUUUAAUAGAUGAUCCCAAGUAUGGAUUUUUGAGGGAGCUUGGUUUGGAGAAGAGGAAUAUAGGUGUCUACAAUGGAGAAUGGAAAGCUAAUGGAGAGGUAACCACAUCAAUUUGCCCAGCUAACGGCAAAGCAAUAGCAGAAGUUCAACAGGGAAGUGUACAAGAUUACGAGAAAUGCAUCGAGGCCGCGCAAAAUGCAUGGAUUCAGUGGGCAGAGCUGCCUGCCCCAAAACGCGGAGAAAUCGUCAGGCAAAUUGGAGAUGCUCUCAGAUCGAAGCUGGUUCCUCUCGGCAAGCUUGUCUCUCUAGAGAUGGGCAAAAUACAAGCAGAAGGCAUAGGAGAGGUGCAAGAAUAUGUGGAUAUCUGUGAUUAUGCAGUAGGACUUUCUAGGAUGUUCAGUGGCUCGAUUAUUCCAUCAGAGCGUCCUGGUCACGUGUUAUUGGAAAAAUGGAAUCCACUCGGAGUCAUAGGAGUCAUAAGUGCAUUCAAUUUUCCCAUUGCAGUUUAUGGAUGGAAUAGUGCAGUGGCUAUGGUUUGUGGUGACGCAGUCCUUUGGAAAGGUGCUCCAACAACUCCUUUGGUCUCCGUGGCAACCAGUCGCGUUGUGGCCGAAGUUCUUGAAAGGAACAAUUUACCUGGCGCAAUUUGCAGUCUGUGCACUGGAGGCAGUGAUAUUGGCGAGAGAAUUGCAUCUGAUACCAGGCUGCCUCUGGUAUCUUUCACUGGCAGUACAGCUGUUGGUCACAAGGUGGGCGUGACAGUACAAGAACGGUUCGGCAAGUCUCUCCUGGAGCUGGGAGGCAACAAUGCGAUCAUAGUGGGUGAAGACGCUGACCUAGAGAUGGUGGCCCAAUCUGUGGUGUUCGCCUGUGUGGGAACAGCUGGCCAAAGGUGUACCACAACUCGACGGCUCAUACUGCAUUCCAAGGCAAGUCUAAUCAAAUCAAAUUCAUCCACUCAAACUGCAUACAAAAUAUUCUCCAAAAUAUUAAAAAGCAAGUUUACAAGUGAACAAGAUAUACUAAUCACAAAAGUACCGUACAGUAAUAUUGUGUACUCAUAAAUUACACAAUUGUUU